AGUUUUGCCUCCAUUUCCACACUUCUUCUCAACUCAGCAGCAGACCCAACUCAAAGUCUCAAAGAAAAUGGCUGCAAUCUCAUCUCUUUCUUCACCACCCAAUCUCUCAGUAAAACCCACUCUCAAAAUCCAACCAAAACUCUCCUCCGUCCAAAUCCCAAUCCUCGGAUUUCACAAAAAACUAACCUUUUCGCAUGAAAUUCAGUCUCUGUCACUGUCUCCGAGUAUACCAUCCCACAGACUCUUCGCCGUGGCAGAAGAAACGGCCUCCGUCAACACGUCUUCCGAGGCCGCGAGGAGACUCUAUGUCGGCAACAUUCCUCGGACUGUCACCAACAACGAACUCGCCAAGAUUGUCGGAGAGUAUGGCGCUGUUGAGAAAGCCGAGGUGAUGUAUGAUAAGUAUUCUGGUAGGAGCCGUCGCUUUGCAUUUGUCACAAUGAAGACUGUUGAGGACGCAAAUGCAGCAAUUGAGAAGCUGAAUGGAACUGAGAUUGGAGGACGAGAGAUCAAAGUAAACGUAACGGAGAAACCCCUGUCGGGAGUGGAUUUGUCACUUCAGGCAGAGGAAUCCCAAUUUGUUGAUAGUCCCCAUAAGGUUUAUGUUGGAAAUCUAGCAAAGAAUGUAACUACAGAAACUCUCAAGAACUUUUUUUCCGAGAAGGGAAAUGUUCUUGGUGCGAAGGUCUCGCGGGUUCCAGGGACCUCGAAAUCCACUGGAUUUGGGUUUGUUAGUUUCUCGUCGGAGGAGAAUGUGGAAGCCGCUAUCUCAUCUUUCAACAAUUCUUUAUUGGAAGGACAACGAAUUCGCGUAAACAAGGCCUAGUGUUAUCUAGCAGAGCUGUGGACUUUUGCAGAGAGUUUUACUUGUAUUUAUUGUAUCCGAGAUUAGGCGUGGUUUCUUCAGAUGACAUAAAAAUUAUGCUAAAUAGCGAUCCAUUUCUGGAUGAUGAUAUUAACACUAGUAGUUCUGUUACUUGAUCGAGAUUAUGCCUUUGUUCUUGGCGGAAACUUAGUUGGGUAACUUUUAUGUUCGGUAAUGCAUAUUUCUGAACGUAAGAUCAUAUCAACAUUAAAAGUGAAAACAUUUUACGGCUUC